CUUCCUCUGUAAACUGAAGGGAGUGAACGAGAUGAUCUGGAAGGUUCCUUUCCAGCUCUAGCACUCGGUGAUUCUUUGAAUCCUACCUCAGCUCGCUGUCCACCUGGGUGGCUGGCCCCUGUCCAGCUGCUGAUAGCGACCGCAGGCCUCCCCAUAGAUCUAUUUCUAGAUCCCUUUCCUCUAGAGAAUUCUGCAUUUACCCGGUGGGCUAGGCGGGGACUGGGAAUGCUCAGCUGUGGGUAGGGGUCAAGGUACGCCUGACCAGGGGCUUAAGAAACUAUUAUUAUUAUUAUUAUCUCGCUGCACCUCUCUUCCGAAAGUGAAACAGUUUCGCGCAAAUCCCGAAGGUCCGCCUAGGCCCCACCUCCCAGCUGGUCCCAACCCACUCGCUCUGGCCUCGCCGCAGGUGACCACACGCUUCCCGGAACCAUGGUGGUGCUGAAGGGAAUCCCCUCUCUGCUCUCCCCGGAGCUGCUCUUUGCCUUGGCGAAGAUGGGACACGGAGAUGAGAUUGUUCUUGCAGAUGCCAAUUUUCCUACUUCUUCCAUAUGCCGAUGUGGUCCAGUGGAAAUCAGAGCAGAUGGCUUGAGUGUCCCACAGCUCCUGGAAUCCAUCUUGAAGCUGCUGCCCUUGGAUACUUAUGAGCCAAAUUCGGUGAUGGUCAUGGACGUGGUGGAGAGCGACAAGGCCAAAGGUCUCCAGACCCCUGAAGUAUGGCAAACCUUCAGGAGCCUCCUCUCUCAGACUGGCUUCAGGGAAGACCUUGGGAAGAUGGAAAGGUUUGCUUUUUAUGAACAGGCAAAAAAAGCUUUUGCUGUAGUUGCAACAGGAGAAACAGCUCUAUAUGGGAAUAUAAUUCUCAGGAAAGGUGUGAUUGCACCCCAGGAGAAGCACUAGAAGGUGAGGAUGAAGAAGCCCCAAUGUCAGAUGCCAGAGGAUAAAUUCAUUUCUUGAUUUUGGAAUAAACACUUUUAGUAAAAUGUGUAUACAUAUUGGAAUGUUGAGUAGAAAUCAGACUUUGGUUUUAAUGUUACUUGAAUAAAUUCAUUUUCUUCUU